UGAUUGUGUAUUCUGAGUAACAAAAUAUAGUGUAAUUAAAAACAGUCAUUUUUGCCUUCUAAAUUCUAAAAGAAAAAUUAAUUAUACACAUCGCUAAUAAUAAAAUUAAAAAAGGACGUACAUAAAAGAUUAAUUAAAUUUAAAAAGAAAACAAAGCAACCUUAGUUUUCUUUUUAUAAUUAAAAUAAUUCAGCUCCCCAGUACAAAAAUAAUAAAUUACACAAUGGGUAAUUAAGACAUUUACGACGCGUCAAUCUUUCACACUAGAAUCUUCUGGAGACAGCGAGAGCAUUUUUCACGAAAAGUUUUCAUUGACUGGUUUUUCAUAGAAAAUCUCCCAAAUAAGUUGAAAAAGUGAAUAUAAAAGUGGUGGCAAAGGCAUAAGAGAAGGAUGGUGAAGGAAACAACCUAUUACGAUAUUCUGGGCGUACGUCCAGACGCCUCAGCGGACGACUUGAAGAAGGCAUACAGAAAGUUAGCCCUCAAAUAUCAUCCGGACAAGAAUCCCAAUGAGGGUGAGAAGUUCAAGCAGAUCAGUCAGGCCUAUGAAGUCCUGUCUGAUGCUGAGAAAAGGAGUAUCUACGAUGAGGGUGGCGAGGCGGCCAUUAAGAAGGGUGGAUCAGGUGGUGGAGGCUUUACCAGUCCCAUGGAUCUCUUUGACAUGUUCUUUGGUGGUGGAUUUGGGGGUGGCAGACGCAGGGAGCGCCGUGGGAAGGAUCUGGUACAUCAGCUCAGUGUAACUCUGGAGGAAUUGUACAUGGGAGCCGUGCGCAAAUUGGCGCUGCAGAAGAGCGUGAUUUGUGAUAAGUGCGAGGGACGUGGAGGCAAGAAAGGUGCCGUGGAGAAGUGCGCCCCAUGCCGAGGAACGGGCGUUGAGACAAAGAUCCAACAGGUUGGCCCAGGCAUUAUGCAGCACUUUGAGCACAUGUGCCGAACUUGUCAUGGCCAGGGAGAGUUGAUAGCAGCCAAGGACAGAUGCAAGACAUGCAAUGGGAAGAAAACCGUGCGAGAACGUAAGAUCCUUGAGGUGCACGUGGAGAAGGGUAUGCGAGACAGUCAGAAGAUUGUGUUUUCCGGUGAGGGUGAUCAGGAGCCCGAUUUGCAGCCCGGAGACAUUGUUAUCGUGCUGGACGAGAAGGAGCAUCCAGUAUUUAAGCGUUCGAAGGAUGACCUCAUCAUGACGAUGCCCCUGCAGCUCGUUGAGGCUCUCUGUGGCUUCCAGAAGGUCAUUAAGACACUGGAUGAACGUGACUUGGUGAUAACUUCACUUCCUGGAGAAGUGGUGAAGCAUGAAUCACUGAAGUGUGUGCUGGGCGAAGGGAUGCCCCAGUACAAGAAUCCCUUCGAGAAAGGGCGCCUCAUUAUUCAAUUUGUCGUGACGUUCCCGGACACUAUCCCCCGGGAAGCUAUUCCCACGCUCGAGAUGAGCCUACCCGGAAGACCACAAGUCACAAUUCCCAUUGACGCAGAAGAGUGCACCCUGUCUGAUCUUGAUCCAGACCACGGACGUGGGCAGAGGUAUGCUCAAGAGGACGAGGAAGAGUACUACUUCCCCGGUCCACGUGUCCAACAAUGCGCCACCAGCUAAAUGCGCAGGGGCGCACUCUCAAAAAGCCGACCAUCAAGGGUUGGAUUAGGGGAUAUUAUUAAAAAAAAAUUGUGACUCAGAAAAAGAGCGAUAAUGCAUAAACUUUAUGAAAAUAAACUUAUUCCAAGCGCUAAA